CUGAAUUCGUUAAACUUGCUACUAGUAUAAGCAAUAUUGGGACGAUUUCUCUUUCAGCAGCAACAGAAUGUACUAAAGAAAUAAUAACUUUUCUUAUUGGUAAACUACCAAACCAUUGGAUAUCAACAGGAACUCUUUCUCAGUGGAAUAAAGAAGUUGCCAAAAUAUCACUUC